UACUUGUUUGGUGGGACACCUUCGUAUCUUUGACAGGGAAGUCAGUCUGCUCUUCUCUGUUCUGUUGUGACAGAGCCUCUCUCUCUCUCUCUUCUCUUCCUUUUUUGCCUUUCUCUCUCCCUUCUCUUUCUGUCUUUCAUCGGUCCCUCUUAGCGCGUUUGUAUUUUUGAUUACUUUCUUGCUUUCACUCCUUUUUGUAAUUUAAAGACAAAGCGUUUGUGUCUCUUUUGGUUAUCCAAGUCCAAAAGGGUGCUCUCAGUCUCUUUCACACUUCGAAAUUCUAAAACCCUUGGAUGAUUUAGGGUUUCACUCCUCUCAUACUUCAUUUUUGUUUUUGUUCUUUUUUCUUUUCUUUUCUUUUCCCAAUUUCGUCCCAGCCUCUGCCAAGAAUUAGCCAUUAGAGUGGCUAAUCAGUAAUUUCCUUCUUUAUAUCUGGUCCUUUUAGCUCACUCUGGUUGUGGUUGUGGUUGUGAAGUGUUUUGAUAAAUCAAAAGUUGUGAAAUUUUGUUAGCAAUGCCCGUCUGGGUUUUGUUUGUUUGUGUUUUUUGUUUUGUAAAAAAUUAAAACAAAAAUGUUUUGUUUCUGGGUUUUGGUGAUAAGGGUUUUGUUUUAAAAAUGGUGUUGGUUCAAGAAUCUAACAGAGCAGCUUUGGACAGAGAUGAAUUUGUUAGUCUUGAAAUUAUAGACAUUUUCCAUCUUUAUGUUUGAUCCUUUGAGCUCACUCUGAUUGUGGUUGAGAAGUUUUUUGAUAAAUCAAAGGUGGUGAAAUUCUGGGCAAUGCCCGUCUGGGUUUUGUUUUUUGUGGUCUGGUAAAAAAUGACAACAAAAAUGUUUUGUGAUUUGUGUUGUUUUUCCAUUUGGGGUCGUGGGUUUUGAUGAUAAGGGUUUUGUUUUCUUUGGGUUUCUUUAAAAAUGGCAUGGAUUCAAGAAAACUGACAGAGCUGCUUUGGAGAGAGAUUAAUUGUAAUUUGUGGGUCUUGAAAUUCUAGACAUUUUCUAUUCUGUUUUUUGUGCUUUUGGAGAUGGGUAUUUUGAUUUUACUCUGAUAAAAUCAGAUUUUGUGAAUCUUGUGUUGUUUCUGCUUCUGGGAUUCUGGGGUUUUGAGCAUUAGGUCUGGGUUUUUUUUUGCUGUUGGAGGGGUGGAUUAACAUGGAGGUUGUUGAAGAAGCCAACAAAUCAGCUGUUGAGAGCUGCCAUAGAGUUCUUACUCUCUUAUGUCACUCUCAAGAUCAGGUUCAGAACAAAACCCUAAUGGUAGAAGCUGUAUUCAAGUUCAAGAGAGUUGUCUCUCUUCUGAGUGGUAGUCUUGGUCAUGGAAGAGUGAGAAAAUUGAAGAAAUUUAAACCAUCUUUGCCUCAAAACAUUUUCCUAGAAAGUCCAAACCACCAAACAAAUUUCCCAAAGCCCCUCCAACUACUACCAACUAGUUUCCCUGAAAACCCGAUUCCUGAAACUGAUUCAAAACCUGGAAAUUCUCUCCAAUUUUCUCAGAAAAUUUUUCUUGAAAAGCAAAAUUUUCUAACAAGGCCUUCACAGCGCCAUCAGUUCCUUCAACAACAGAUGAUGCAAAGACUGCAUCUUCAUCAGCAGCAACAGAUGAAAUUUCAUGCUGACAUGGCUUAUGCUAGGUCUAACAACAGUGGCAUAAACAUAAAAUUCGAUGGCUGUAGUUCCGCACAAACCAUGUCGUCCAACAGAUCAUUCAUAUCAUCCCUAAGCAUGGACGGUAGUGCGGCUAGUUUAAAUGGGAAUUCAUUCCAUUUGAUUGGCGUGCCACAAACGUCUGAUCAGACGUCGCAACAAUCCAGGAAGAGGUGCAGUUGCAGGGGGGAAGAUGGGACUGUGACGAAAUGUGUGAGCAGUGGUAAAUGUCAUUGCUCAAAGAGGAGGAAACUGAGGGUGAAGAGAUCUAUUAAGGUGCCUGCCAUCAGUAACAAAGUUGCAGAUAUUCCUCCUGAUGAGUACUCAUGGAGGAAGUAUGGGCAGAAGCCUAUCAAAGGUUCACCACAUCCUAGGGGGUACUAUAAAUGUAGCAGCGUGAGAGGUUGCCCGGCGAGGAAACAUGUUGAGAGAUGCUUGGACGAUCCUUCAAUGCUUAUUGUCACAUAUGAAGGUGAGCAUAACCAUUCUAGGUUAGUACUGUCACAAUCUGCCCAUACGUAAAGGCUUUGUUGAAAUCUGUAUUGCAUGUGACUAAGAGAUUCCGACUUGAACUGUUCUAAAACAAUUAAACAUGGUUGAUGUUCAGUAGUGAAUUAGUCCUGUAUAUAGUAUAGGCUUCUCGGGUGGAUUUGAGCCAUAGUCGGAUAGAGUUUUAAGGUUUAUAUAGACAGUGGUUGAAAAUUGUAAAAUUUUCUCAUCCCUGAAACCUAAGUUUAUGUCUUGUUUGUUGUUGUUUUCAGCUAUUAAUGUAACAUCAUUAGCAUGACUUUUGACAUAUUCAUCUUAUUAUGGAUUUUGGCUA